UGCCCUGCGAUACCGGCGCUGCCAGCGUGCCCGGCGUGCCCAGGAGCGCCUGCGCCUGUUUCGGCGCCGAGCGCUAGCGGCGGGCUGUCGGAGCUCCCGGACCUGCGGCUCCUGAUCGCCUUCGCCAGCCUGCUGGUGCUGGCCAGCUGCGGGUGCAUGGGGGCGGCCGUCGUGACGGUGUGGGGCACGAGCCGCCCGCUGGGCCGACGCUCGAGUGCUGCUGAGCCGCGGGCAGAGAGCACGCCCACCAUCCUCGACCAGGAGGCCGAGCUCGGAUCGCUAGCGCAGGAGCAGCUGAGCGUGAUCCGACAGCGGCGCAUGCAGGGCCUCGGGAUCGAGGCCGGAGACUUCGGCGCUGUUCAGUAUAAUGUGCCAGGAGCGCCCUUGUACCACGAGCGGUUGGUUCUCAUCGAACCCGGGGCUGGUACCACCGUGAGUGUGCUGACCCCAGACGGCGACAACUACGAAGCCGACAUCAUUUGGUUCGGCCUGAUGGCUGGCGGCGCCUGUGGAGGUGGAGCUCCUCUCGGCGCUGGUGGGGCGGUGGUGCCCGUGUAUCGGUUCCAACACGUGCCGACGCCUGCGGCUUUCCAGGAGGAGGCUUGCCAGCCGUGGGAGCUGGAGUCGGAGCUCUGGCUGCGGCCCUGGGUCCUGCGCCUGUGGCCCCUGGAGCUGGCGCCCUCGCUGGCGCUGGAGGUGCUCUACCUGGAGCCGGGGCCGCUGUUGGCACUGACGUGCCUGCUGCUGCUGGGCCACUCGUUGUGGGUCCUGGCGGUGUCCUCGUACCUGGAGGCGGUGGUCUUGGAGCUGCAGCUGCUGGAGGAGCAUCGGUGCCUACUGUGGAUGUUCGUAUCCAGCCUGUCGGUCACGAUGACCACAUUGUGGCUGUGUCGGUUCAUGGUGUCGAACGGCCAGACCCCUCUCGGUAGACACGCUCGGUGGAAGGCAGACGCCAAGUUACAGAACAACGAUGGCGGAGUCGAGAACCAUCUUAUGUGUUGCCAGAUGUUAGAGAGCUUGGCCACGUUCGAUCAACUGAACCUGCCCGACAUCGCUGGAGCGGAGAUCAUGGCCAGAUCCAUCCAGCUGUCCGAGGAGAGGUACCGAGACCGCAUGCCCAGUUUUGCGGGCAGCAGUGGCGAGACGACGCAGGAUGCCUUCCUGUACAUGGGUCUCGAUCAUGUUCGUGGGAACGUGGCCGUUUGCCCGGCACUGCAGUCCUGGGUGUCGGCCGAACUCCAGAAGGAGGUGUCCGUCAUGAAGGAGAGGCGUAAAGCUCGAGAGGAACGGGCCAGCGCCAAACAGAACAAGAACAAGACCAAGAAGGACGGAAAGGUACAUGCCGCUUGCGUGACGACAAUGUUGUCCACGGGGGAUACCGAUUGGCUGUGCGAUUAUCAGGUGAAUUUGCUUAGGGACGUUAAUGAAGCCAAGGCAGGGAAGCUGAAGAGGGAGAGGUCCACUCGAGCUCAGCAGGCCGCCGCGAAGGUGGAGGCCACUGUCGCGUUCCCGUGGAUGAGCGUGCUGGAGAAGAUUGCGGUCAAGCCCGGCACCGUGGCAUUGUACCAGGGGGUGCUGGUCCUGCGCGGCGCGCCGUGCGCGGAGCUGGCGCGCCCGCCCUGCGCGGCAGGUCGAGAGCGGUUCCGGGAGUUCCUCGCGGGGGCCGCUCGGCGGCCUCUCGUCGGAGACGCGCGGGGAGUCGGAGGAGAGACUCGCGGGACAGGGGGGGGCCUGCUCGAUGAUGCCCUCGAAGCGGAGCAGGAGGCCAAGCGGGCGGCGCGGCCCAAGGCAACCGCCCUGCGCUCGGCGGGCCUCGCGUUCGGCACGGCGGAAGGCAGGGCCCGCGGCAAGGACAAAGCUCCGUUGGACGCCGACCCCGCCCUGGCAGAUGCGUCGCAGGCGCUCCACAUGGCCCACCAGCGACAGGCGGACUGCCAGCAGGCGGUCGAGCGGGUCAGGGGGGCGGCCGCGGGCGAGGUCUCGGUCAGGGAGAUGCUCGUCACCUGGGGGGGCUCUUGGACGGCCAAGGGGCACCAGCUCAUGCAAGCACGGGUGCUCGGACAGGAUGAUGAGGCCAUGCUCGCGCGCGUUGCUUCGUGCGCUGCUGGCAACCGACGCACGCACUUCGUGGCUGGGCCAAGCCCUGCUCUAGAGCUGAGGAGGCAGAUGUCCCAGCUGAUCCAGUCCGUGCCCGUGAGGAGGCAGAUGUCCCAGCUGAUCCAGUCCGUGCCCGCCCCGCUGGCUGCCGAGCUGCUUCCGUCGGGGCAGCAUGCAGGCCCCGGUGCUGCCGCGCAGCGGCGGGGUCGCGCGGCCUCGCGCGGCCUCGCCUCGCCCGCGGGG